AUUUAUUGGAAAUUAAUUAAUUUGAUUUCUACCCCACAUUCCUCCACCAUGAACCGCAUCAUACAACUCGGACGACGGAGGUAUCAUGCCUCUGUCUUGCCCUCUCGUGUAUCCUCUGCUUCUCCAGAGUUUGUCGCUAAAGCACAGGCGAUGGAUGAGCUUGUCACGGAUCUCAACGCCAAGCUUGCUAGGGCUCGACUCGGAGGAGGCGACAAGGCUGCAGAACGCAUGAGGAGCAAAGGAAAGCGCGUUCCUAGGGAUAGGCUCAACCUUCUCCUCGAUCCACACACGCCCUUUCUCGAGCUCUCCCCGCUCGCUGCACAUGACGUCUACCCGGGCGAUUACGUCCCUGGAGCGGGUAUUAUCACUGGAAUAGGCAGAAUAAAGGGAAGAGAGUGUAUGGUAGUCGUGAACGACCCAACUGUGAAAGGCGGCGCGUAUUACCCGCUCACCGUGAAGAAACACCUCCGGGCCCAAGAGAUCGCCAGGGAGAACGGCCUACCCUGUAUUUACCUCGUCGAGUCGGGCGGAGCAGCACUCCCACACCAAGCGAAUGUCUUUCCGGAUAAAGACCAUUUCGGGAGGAUCUUUUACAACAUGGCCCAAAUGUCCGCCCUGGGUAUCCCCCAAAUCGCCUCCGUCCACGGUAUAAGCGUCGCAGGGGGCGCCUACGUCCCCGCCAUGGCCGACGAGAACGUCAUCGUGCAAAAUCAGGGGCGAAUAUUCCUUGCUGGUCCGCCGCUUGUGAGGGCUGCGACGGGGGAGGAGGUGGGUGAGGAGGAACUGGGUGGGGGGAGGAUGCAUUCGGGGGAGAGCGGGGUGACGGAUCAUUUGGCGAGGGAUGAUGAGCAUGCAAUUCAUCUUGUGAGGGGGGUUGUGGGGGAUUUGGGGGUGGGGAGGGGCGGGGAGAGGAGGGUGGAUGCGGAGGUGGAGGAGCCGUUGUAUCCUGCUAGUGAGCUUCAUGGGAUUGUGGGUACGGAUGUUCGACAGGCGUUUGAUAUGCGUGAUGUCAUUGCUCGGGUGGUUGAUGGCAGUCGUUUUAGAGAGUUCAAGAAGGAGUAUGGUCCGACUAUUAUUACUGGUUUUGCACAUAUACAUGGCUACCAAGUGGGAAUCAUUGCGAAUAACGGCAUCCUGUUUUCCCCUUCUGCGUUGAAAGCUACGCAUUUCAUACAGAUUUGCGAGCAGAGGGGGGUGCCGUUGGUGUUUCUCGUUAAUGUCACAGGUUAUAUGGUAGGCUCCAAAGCGGAACGAGGGGGGAUAGCCAAAGACGGUGCAAAGAUGGUCAGAGCCGUUGCAUGUGCGACUGUCCCAAAGUUUACUGUCAUUGUCGGUGGCAGCUUUGGAGCGGGGAAAUUACGGUGUAUGGCCGGUCGAGCGUAUUCUCCGAGGUUCCUGUGGAUGUGGCCUGUACAACGCAAAGUAUCCGUAAUGGGUUCUGCGCAGCUCUCGCAAGUCAUGACGUCCGUGUCCAAGGACCCAACUCAACACUCAGCCCUCAAGACAGAGAUCGAAGAACAGAGUACGGCGCUCUAUUCGACGGCGAGGCUUUGGGACGACGGGAUCGUGGCUCCGGGUGAUACGAGGGAUGUUUUGGGGUUGGCUUUGGGUGUUGCUGGGGAGAGGAGGAGCGAGGGAGGGGGUGGGUUUGGGGUGUUUAGGAUGUAGGUACUUUGAGUGUGUGUUGAGAGGCGAAUAGAGCGGUGGUGAGAAGAUUGAUAUGGC